AUGUUGGUAUUGCUACGGCAUUACUCGAGGCAUGAAAGUGAUGUGCAAACAGCUAAUGGUGCUAGUAUUAAAGCCGAAGAGAAUGACCUUUGCAACUGGGAUGGGCUAGGAUUUAGUCUCACUCCAACUGAUUACAUGUACCUUAUGAAAUGCUCGAAAGGGGAGAGUGCAUUUUCACAAGGCCAUCUCACUCCCUACGGAAACAUCGAGCUGAGCCCUUCCUCUGGAGUUCUAAAUUAUGGACAAGGAUUACUUGAAGGCUUAAAAGCAUCUAGAGGUGAUGAUAACCGUAUUCGACUCUUCCGGCCAGAACAAAAUGCUCUACGGAUGCAAAUGGGUGCGAAAAGGAUGUGCAUGCCAUCACCAACUACUGAGCAAUUUGUUGGUUCAAUAAAGCAAACUGCUUUGGCCAAUAAAAGAUGGAUACCUCCUCCAGGAAAAGGAUCGCUGUAUAUUAGGCCUUUGCUCCUGGGAACAGGGCCAAUUCUAGGUGUGGCGCCAUCUCCAGAAUACACCUUCCUAGCAUAUGCUUCUCCAGUUGGCAACUAUUUCAAGGGUCCCCUAAACUUCGCUGUUGAAGAUAAUGUCUACCGAGCAAUUCCUGGGGGAACUGGUGGCAUCAAAUCUAUUACUAACUAUUCACCGAAUUACAAGGCAAUCAGUCGAGCAAAGGCCAAAGGCUUCACCGAUGUGCUAUUCCUUGAUGGAGCAACUGGCAAAAAUAUAGAGGAGGGUACUGCAUGUAAUAUCUUUGUUGUGAAGGGAAAUACCAUCUCAACUCCUCCAACAAAAGGAACUAUUCUGCCUGGAAUCACACGAAAAAGCAUCAUUGAAAUUGCUUCUUGGCUUGGAUAUCAAAUUGAGGAACGAGCUAUCCCACUGGAGGAGUUGAUAAAUGCUGAUGAAGCUUUCUGCACAGGAACUGCAAUAACAGUUAAGCCUGUUGGCAGUGUAACCUAUCAGGGACAGAGGGUUGAAUAUAAAACAGCAGAGGGUACAGUAUCUGAGAAACUAUAUAGAACAUUGACAGGAAUUCAAACUGGUCGCAUUGAGGACAAUAUGGGAUGGAUCGUGGAGAUUAAUUAA